CUGGAGAGACGGCGGCGGGCGCUAUGGCCGAGAGGCCGCAGCCCCCGAGCGGUGCCGUGUGCCCCGCCGCCUACCCCGACGCCGCCGCGGAGUUCCCCCCGCACCUCCAGGCCGGCGCGAUGCGGCGCCGCUUCUGGGGCGUGUUCAACUGCAUGUGCGCCGGCGCGUUCGGGGCGCUGGCCGCCGCCUCCGCCAAGCUGGCCUUCGGCAGCGAGGUGAACGUGGCCUUCCGCAUCUUAGGCAUUAUCGUGAUGGCGACCACCAAUUCUCUCAUGUGGACGUUCUUUAGCCGCGGCCUCAGUUUCUCCAUGUCUUCGGCCAUUGCAUCUGUCACGGUGACUUUUUCAAACAUCCUCAGCUCGGCCUUCCUGGGCUUUGUGUUGUAUGGAGAGUGCCAGAAGGUCCUGUGGUGGGGAGGCGUGUUCCUCAUCCUCUGCGGCCUCAGCCUGAUCCACAGGAAGCUGCCACCCAGUGAGAAGGCCCCUGCACACAAGCAGCAGUAGCAACAGGGGCCCAACGACCCAACGGGAGAGUGUGGCCAGGUGCGUGGGGACUGCUUCCCAGGUGGUCUGGGUGCAGCCUCCUGACCAUCGGCCAGAGGGAGAUGCUCCUGAGGGAAACGGGCCUCUGACCUUGAGGGCGGCCAGCCAUGGCUUCUGGGAGGAGAAAGGACAAGCGUGGUCAAGUCCUGCCUGAGGCCUUCUCGAGACACCUGCAUGGUGCUUUGGAUCCUCACACCCUGGGCCUGCCCGGUAGCCCUUGGCAGACGCUGGAGACCCUGGGCCUGGCAUGCUGGGUGCGUAGACUGGAGACCACACUACCUGUAGUCCUGUGGCCGAACAAAGGCCAGUCAUGGGACAUUGGGAUCAGCUCUCAGUGGAGCCUUCCGACAACUCCUGACACCGAUGUACAGGAUACCUGUGUCUUGCUUCUGCAGUUUGGCAAGGGAAGGGAAACUGGAUUAAUAAAUCCUUUUUUUUUUCUUCUUUUUUUAAAAUAGCAGGUACAGCAUCUUAAUGCUUCCCUACUUUUUUUUCUUUUCCUUUCCUAAUUUUUUGGAGUGAGAGGGAGCAGCCCAAGUGAGCUGUAGUUCUUGGAAUGGAGUUAAUAGCUGCCCUCACCCCUUCCCGCUCCCCAGGCCUGGGGCUCAGCUGCUCUCUUACCUGCCGAGCUCCAGCACACGGUUCUGCCCUGAUGGCACCCAGGCUGGCGCUCUUCAGAUUCAGCAGGGUCUGUCCAUUUUCUUGGUACUCGAGGAGGAGAGCUUGACCUCACUGUGGGGACCUAGUUUUGUUUUACUCUUGAGGAAAGGAAAGCGGCCCAGGCUGCUCCCACCCCCUCAUUUCCCCUGGAGGCCUGUCUGCCCGUGGGUUUUCUCAGAUCUCUGUGACUUUUUUGUAUCUUACACAGUGUGAAUGUAAUUCCUAGUUCAAAA